AGUGGUGUUACUAAAAUCAGAGGCCACUCACCUUAAUGCGCAAAUGUAAAUACAAGUAGCAAGAGUUUGAUAAACAAAUCUCGAAUUGAAGUCCACACACUCGUCGCGAGAGUGUUUAAAUUUUUGACAGGAAGUGAUUAUUAUAUCGGGUUGCAAAUCUGGAGAUGUCACUCUCACCACCAAUUCACUUUGCUGGGAAAAGAAAGCCUCAUUCCUGUCAUGCUUGCACGAUCUGCUCUUCUAGUAAAGAGUACAGGAGAGUUCAUUUCCUAGAAAUGCACCAUACACUACGCAGAACAUGCUCAUGAACAAUCAUACAUGAGAUCAGAGCCUGCUUCAUUAUAAUUUGCCACUUCUCUGCAAUAUUUCAGAUAGUGCAUAUCCCUGGAGAUGGAUAGUCAUCGUCGCAUAUCACUACUAUCACCAGAGCCUGUAGUUGUAGAAAUGCCGCUCACCUACUAGAGGGACUUUCGAUAUAAAAUCAAACAUCUCUCAUUUGCUUGAGUACUCUCGUUCUGACAAGUUACCAACCACAUCUAUCAACAGACAAAAUGAUCAGCCUACUAUCUUCCUGUGCUAUAUUCGCAUUGGCUAUAACGGCAACGGCCCAGUUUACGGUGUGUCUUUCUGAAGACGCAGAUUGCGACGUGGUCGCUAAGUGCCAGAACACUAUGCCCGACGACGAAGCCUGUCGAACUUCUAUAAUUGAUGGCACAUAUUUCAUGCUCUUCCAGGACCCCGUUGACAAGUCUGUAGACAUGGAACUGUUUCAUGAUGAAUAUUGCGUGACACCGAUUCUGAAUGUUGUCCCCACUGCGACAUGCAUUGGUUUCUCAGUUCCAGACACUCUUCAAAUCUUCGUCAAGGUAUCCGCCAACAACCAGACCGUACCCGUCACCACCACUGUUGCUGCAAGUUCUACCGCUAUACCCACCAACACAAAUACCAGUACAGUACAGCCCACGGCGUCUGUGAACGGGACGGCCCCUGCGUCUACUACUUCUGAGGCCAACCUCCCAGAGAGACCCACGGGCUCGAGUGCUGCGAGCGCUCAGGCGGACGGGAACGGUGUGGGCCAGAACACGGUGCAUUCGGAAAUGAUUGCGAUAGUGGCGAUCAUGGCUGCUGCCGCAGCUCAAAUGUAAUGUCAGCUGUUGUCGUAGUCGAAGGAGAAACUAAACUGUCGGCGGAAUUGUUUCUAGUCGGGAGGCUCAAGGAUUCUCUCGGCGAAUAGCGGGUUAGAGAUAGUAUAGCAAUAAAUGCAG